GCCCCUAGGGCUUUUUCCUCGACCCUUCCCCCGCUGCCACCCGCCUCCUCCUUUCCUGGAUUUCUGCAAUUCUUCGGCCCCUGCGGGAAGCAAGCCUUCUGCUGAGGGCCGCCCACCCUUGCCCGGUCGAAGUCACCGCGGGGCGCAGCUCGGGCACAGCUCAUCUGGAGCCCCACCCCUACCUGUGCCUGCAAGGAGCUCUCCCCACACCGCUUCCUGAUGGGCGGGUGGUAACCACAAGCUGUACCCAGGGAGCCAAGCUGGGCUGGGGAUGUGGAACCUGAAGAAGCCAGGCCUGGACAGAAAAGCCUGGCUGCAGGCAGCCUCUUGGGGUCUCCAGCUAAGGGCUGAGGGUGCAAUCAGACUUGGGCUCGGGAAGGAAAAGGUUAAGGCUGGAACCCCCACCCCCACCCUUUGCCCGAGUCUCGAAUUUCUUCUGCCCAUUCUCCAAAAAUCAAUUCACAGGGACUAGCUGGUAGCCGGGUCCGACCGGCGAAGGCUGCUGUCCGAGGUGCUGACUCAAAGUCCCCGCCGCGCCGCGGACAGCAACCCUGUACCCGGCUCCGACCCUGGAUCUCUGCGUGACCGCCAUCUUUUUUAUGGUCUCUCUUACACCCGGAGGGCUGGACAAUGAGGAAGAGUUUCCCUUUUUCUUCCUUUCUUCCGGGUCACAGUUUGCCCUGAAGUUUCUAGACCCGUCAUUUGUGCCCAUUACGAAUUCUCUCACCCAUGAACUCCAAGAGAAACCUUCUAAAUGGACAUUUAAUCGGACAGCGUUUUUACGUCAAAGGCAAGAAAUUCUUCAGCAUGUCGAUGUAAUAAAAAAUUUUUCUUUGACCAAGAAUAGUGUUCGGAUUGGCCAACUGAUGCAUUAUGAUUAUUCCAGCCAUAAAUAUGUUUUCUCUAUUAGCAAUAACUUCCGCUCACUGCUGCCAGAUGUGUCGCCCAUUAUGAAUAAGCGUUAUAAUAUUUGUGCUGUGGUGGGCAACAGUGGAAUCUUGACAGGCAGUCAGUGUGGACAAGAAAUAGAUAAAUCUGAUUUUGUUUUUCGAUGCAAUUUUGCCCCAACGGAGGCUUUCCAAAAAGACGUUGGGAGGAAAACCAACCUCACAACCUUCAACCCCAGCAUCCUGGAAAAAUAUUACAACAAUCUUUUAACCAUUCAGGAUCGUAACAACUUCUUCCUCAGUUUAAAAAAGCUGGAUGGGGCCAUUCUUUGGAUCCCUGCAUUUUUCUUCCACACUUCUGCAACUGUAACCAGAACGUUAGUUGACUUUUUCGUUGAACACAGAGGUCAGCUAAAGGUCCAAUUGGCUUGGCCUGGAAACAUAAUGCAACAUGUCAACAGGUACUGGAAAAACAAACACUUGUCACCCAAACGGCUGAGCACAGGUAUCCUCAUGUACACUCUCGCUUCUGCAGUCUGUGAAGAGAUCCACUUGUAUGGAUUCUGGCCUUUCGGAUUUGACCCCAACACAAGGGAGGAUCUUCCAUACCAUUACUAUGACAAAAAAGGAACCAAGUUUACCACCAAGUGGCAGGAGUCUCACCAGCUGCCUGCUGAGUUUCAGUUGCUGUUCCGAAUGCAUGGCGAAGGGCUCACCAAGCUCACUCUGUCACACUGUGCCUAAGAACUCCAAACAGAAAGUGCCAAAUGGCUGUUUUAAAAGUGCCCCCCCC